AUGGUGGGAGUUGUUAGAAGAAGAAGCAAUGUGAAUGGCUCAAUGCCCACAGAGCUCGAGCUUGAUCAAGGCGAAAUGGCACUCGACGAUUCGAUGAAUUUCGCGAUUGCCAACAUUUCAUUAAAAAUUGGUGACAGUUUGGUUCUCAGUAAAGGAAUUAUUAGAGAAUCUACAUCGCAAGGCAAAGAAUUGAAAUUAAAAAUUGUUUCGCAACCGAAAGCAGGUUGGAUUAUUCGAGAUAUGUGGGACCUUAAUAAUAUCACAUCAAUCGACCAAUUUACUACCAAGGAGCUUGACGAUCAUCGUAUCUUUUAUGUAAGCAAUCCACUCUCAAAUCUCGAAAGAGAUUCCUUCUCACUGGUUGCUUGCCCAGAUGCACAACAAUGUUCACAUCCCAAGAGAAUAUAUGCUGCAAUAAAAAAAAGAAACGUACAUGAGCCAGAGCUUAUUCGUAAUGAGGUUAUGAAGAUAUGGAAUUCGAAUGUUGCACGAAUCACAAAGCAGUAUCUAUACACAUAUGACGACGAUACACCACCUGAACAACUGCAUUAUAUUAUCAGCAAACCAAUUAAUGGUUAUGUCGCUCGAGCAGAUCAAGCAGGCAAAGCUAUACAUAAUUUUUCACAAGCCGAAAUUAAUAAUUCCGAAAUCAUAUUCGUUAAAACUUUAAAUUCAACAUCUGCCGGUGGUUUUUCAUUUCUUCUCAGUGAUGGAUUACAUCAAGUCGGACCUGAAUGGUUCACAGUGGAGAGUUCUCGAAUAGUAUCAGUGGCACUUGAGGCAAAUGCUCGGCUUAUUGUACCACCAGGAAAUGUUCCAUCAGUUAUAGGAAUGGAUCUUCUCAGGGCAAAUAUUCCUGACAUUUCGCCAGAAAACACUUAUUUCUCAAUAUCGAAAUUGCCAAAAUUGGGAACGAUUUUGCGUUCAGGACAACUUGUACAAAGAUUUAGCCAAGGUGAUAUCAACAAUAGGUUCAUCACGUAUAAGCCAUUAAAUAGCACGAUGCAAGGAUGGGUAAAUAAAGAUUGGUUUCAAUUUGUAGUAUCCUGUAAUGGCUCAACAAAACCAAUUGUUGAAGAAUAUCGUAGUAGUAUUGCGAUCAAUGAAUCUUAUAUCAACUUAACUAAAUUGAAUUCGCUUUGUAAUGAUAGCUUAAUAAUCGAAAUUGCUCGCCAACCUCGCUGUGGAUCUCUUGAUUUUACGGCGCAAAUGAACGGUUCUGCGUUAAAAGCUUCAGCUUUGAUAACAGGUCGAAGGCUGAUUUACCGACAAUGGAAAGAUGCAGAAGCACAAAGCGAUGAUCUCUUAUUUCAUUUAUAUCCUUAUGAAACAAAUAAACGAACUAGCCGCAUGCGCAUUCCGAUUUCUAUUGUCUUCAAACCUAUUAGCGAUCCUUUUUUACAGGUUGUGUCGAUGCCUGAAAGGUUAAAAGUAGUUAGUGGAGGAGAGACUCAGUUGAAUCCAAAGUUAUUUCAAGUUAAUCAUCCACAUUUGCAACCAUCAGCGAUAGUUUAUCGUCUGCUUCAGGCAAAAUUUGUUGAUGGAAGUAAUGGUGUUGAACUAAUAAUGGCUGAUGAAAAGAUCAGAGACUUCAAUCAAGGCGAUUUAAACAAAGCACGAGUGAGUAUUCGUCAUAAGCAACGAUUUGAUUCGGAGGACCCAAUUGAUGUUCUCGUCAUGCAAAUCAGUGAUCAUGUGCGAGCUAUAAUCGUUGACAUACAUCCAUUAUCGUUAUCAUUGAUCAAUCACUCUGAUAUAACCUAUGUUCAAGGAAGAUUGUACACCGUUUUAGAUAGAUCUCAUUUCGGUGCAUAUUCUAAUGGUGACCGUUCACGAAUAGUCUACAAUAUAACUAAACCACCAGAAAAUGGUACCUUUUACUGGGUCGCUGGUGAGAUGGAAACACGAUCAUUCACUCAAAAAGAUAUUGAUAAUGAACGCGUUUUGUACGCACAAAUAAACAUGGAAGCAUAUCAAGAUUCGUUCGAAUUCGCGCUAGGCAACGAUCAAAAUGGCGUAAUACGCAGCAGUUCUCGAGUUGUAGUUCUACCAGCAGUGAAAUCGCAAAAAUUGGUCGUAGAAUCUGGUAGUCAAGAAAUUAUCACAGCUUUGCACUUGAAUGCUUCAAAACUGGAGGGAAUGUCGCCUCGCUUUUUGGUUAUAACUGCACCUAGCUAUGGUCGUCUCUUGUUAGAUGGUAACUUUAAUGGUUCAGUUUUUUUUUUUACGUUUGCUGAUAUCAACAGCAGACGUUUAGCAUAUUAUGCUACAGAUAGUGGUGAAGAAUUAGCAGAUUCAGUCGAGUUACAGUUAGAUGCUGAUGGAAUCCAACCAGCUAGAUUUAGAUUUGAUAUACUAAUACGCCCAGCAAAUAGGCAUCAUACGGUUUCACCUGCAAGUAGAUCAAUUACACCAACAAUACCAGAAGUUCCUAUGGUGGCCAAUGGUAUAUCAUCAGUUGGUUAUCAGUUGCCUAUCUUGGUUUUGCUCAUUAUAUUAUCACUAACUGUGUUUAUUUUGAUAUGUUGCAAGCAUAAUAAUAAGCGCAAGCGGAAAAAAGCUGGUGAAGAGGAUAAAAAACGCAACUUCAAUGCGAAAUUGGAUUCAGUUAUUGAAGAACAACCCGAUCUAUUGGAUUCAACAGUUUACGCAACAGUUAAGCGCAAUCGUCUUGAGUUAAACAACAGUCAACGAAUGCGACCAUUACAAACGUUCGAAUCACCUCAAUGCCGUGUUAAACCACCACCAUUACCCUCAUCACCUUUGGUGCAACGUUCAGACCGACUGCAUGGAAGUUCACUUGAUUAUGAACCAUUUAAUAAAGCAACUGAAAAUGCAAAAACUCGCGUUGAAAAAAUGCGGACCACAAGACUGAGAGAAAAUCAGUAUUGGGUAUAA